UCUCUCUCUCUUCAGCUGCUCCCAAAUAGCGCCAAAGCCGAUGCCAACACCACCAACCCCAAAAACCCACCUCUCUUUCUUCUCCCCCAUUCACGUUAUCUUCUUCUCGGGUGCUUUGAUGCUGGGACAUACGGAGAGCAGAGCGGCCUCCGAGACUUGAAGUCCGUGCUGCUGCCGCCGCCGCUCCCGCUGCUUCUACUCCUCCUAUCCGACACGAUCGCGUACUCUUUGCUGCCUGCAACCGCACUGUGGCCUUCUUGCCUUUUUGAGGGGAGGGGGAGAGCAAAUAGAUGCGAAUAGGAUAGAAUAGUAUAGAAUAGAACAGAGCUAUCAAGGAACCAUGGAGGUUACGCUGCUAAUGGUGCCUACCAAGCGGACGGAGCACGUCGACGUGACCCCGAAGACCCUACCGUUGCUGCACCCCAAACACCGGCAUUGCGACGCCGCCAGGCCGCGCACGGUUAGAAUCUUCUGCGACGACCACGACGCCACCGACUCCUCCGGCGACGAGGGAGACCGCCGCCGUGUCCGCCGCUACGUCCAGGAGAUCCGCUUCGAGGCCCGCCCCCAGGCCGCUGGAAAGAGCAAGCCCGCCAGGAAGAGGAAGACGGCCGCCCUCGCUGCCACCGAGGCGGGCAGCGGCGACGCUGAGCGCAGGUUCCGCGGCGUCCGGCGGCGCCCGUGGGGCAAGUACGCGGCGGAGAUCCGUGACCCGUGGCGGCGAGUCAGGGUGUGGCUCGGCACGUACGACACCGCCGAGGAGGCCGCCAAGGUCUACGACUCCGCCGCCAUCCGGCUCCGUGGUCCCGACGCCACCACCAAUUUCUCUCACCCCAUGGCGGCCGCACAGCCCCCUCCCCAGCCGCCGCCGAAGAAGUGCCCCUCCAAUAGCAACCUCACCUUCAUCUCCGGCGGGUACGACUCCGGCGAGGAGUCGCGCAACCUCUCCUCCCCGACCUCCGUCCUCCACGGCUUUUCCUCCUCCUUGACGACGUCCAAGGAGGCCGCAGAGAGGCCGAGGUUUCCGCCAGAGGUUACGGGCCCCGACGAGAGCGGAAGAAGUAUGCUCACCGCCGGGAUUAUACCGGGGCAGCUCAGUGGCUUUUUGCCCUUCGAGGAGGCGAUGCUCCACGACAAUUUCCUCGACUUCGGCGCGGCUGAGCCAAGCCUUUUCGACGACUCCGCUCAGAUCGGCUUCAUAGCCGGGGAUUUGAGCCAGACCUUCAUCGGCUCCGACCUCGACUUCGGCUCGUCGACGUGGCAAGCGGGAGACGACUAUUUCCAGGACAUAGCCGACUUAUUCCCGAUCGAACCUCUCGCCGCCGUCUGACGCCGUCCAGCGGUCGCCGAUUAAUAGUCCGAUUUUGUAGCCGCCAGAGAGAGAUGUUGGCCCUUUUUUUUAUGCCUUUUUCGUAAUUAGUUUUUGCAGUUUUGCCCAAAAAUAUCUCCUUCCGUUAAAUGGCAGGGAAACGGAAUCGAGAACGUGUUUCUCGUUUCUUCCCUUUCUCUUGUUAUUUUAAUUUUGCUUUUUGCCACAAGCGAGUUCUUGUUUUAUUGGUCA